AUGAGUGCUAAUAAAGUAGAAGCUAAUUUUGUGCAAGCUCAAUCAGAUAACCUUCCAAAAGUGGAUUCUUUCAUGGUAUUUGAUUAUCUAAGUAAUCAUUCUAAGUUCACCAGCGCCGAAAUCCGUGGUUGGAAACUACAAAGAUCAGCACGUGAAACCUAUGGAGAUGAUGCUGUAGGAUUUGUUCAAGUCCAGAGGUCGGGACAUGUAUGUACGGUAAAAGCAAAAAUAACGCCUGAACAUAGAAUAAAAAGUAAAGCGUAUAGCUGUACAUUUACAUGUGAUGAAAAAGAGGAAAUGGUUUUGAACGUGAACUGUCAUGACUGUGCUGCUCAAAAGGGAGGCUGCAAACAUAGCGUAGCAUUUUUGAUGUGGCUUCAUAGACGCGGCGAAGAGCCAUCUCCUACUGAAAAAAAAUGUUACUGGGCCAAACCAAAGCUGGCUACUAUAGGUACUAAAUUUAUAAAAGCUAAAGAUAUGGGUCCCAGCUCAGUUACUACUGAAGAUAAAAAUACUGAUAACACCAAUUCAGAUCAGUUUUUCCUAGCAGUUGUGCAAAGCCUAAAGGAAAAUUCUAUCAAAAAUCAGUUAUCAGUAUACGUUACAAAGAAUGAGUAUAAAAAAUUGUCUUUGCAUAACCUCGUUCAUCAAUACAAAAAUGAAGGCAAUAAUAUAAAUAGUGCAGAUGAUUUUAUUGAUUAUUGUUCUACUAAAAUCACCAUAGAGAAAUGUCACAAAGCAGAGGAAGCAACAGUUUGUCAAGCUAGUUCACCGUUAUGGCAUGAGUUAAGGUAUUGUAGAAUAACCGCGUCUAAAGUUCACGAAGCCGCACAUUGCAAGACUCCUGAUGGUGCUUUGAUUGAACAAAUAUUUGGUGCCUAUGUACCAGAGACUCUGUCUAUGAAAAGAGGCAAACGAUUGGAAUCCAAUGUCAGAGCAGAAGUAGCCAAAACAAGGAAAAUAGUUAUUGAAAAUUGUGGUUUCUUUUUAAAACCUGAUUGGCCUCAUUUGGGUGCUUCUCCGGAUGGAUUGACAAGUGAAUACGUAGUAGAAAUAAAAUGUCCCUCGACAAAGAAAGGAAAGGAAAGUUUUGUAAAGAAUAGUGUUAUCGGCAGCAAAUGGAAAGCUCAAAUUCAGCUACAAAUGUUUUUUUGCAAUAAAGUCAAGGGAUUGUUUUGUGUAGCUAAUGAAAAUUUUGAAAGCAAUAAAAAAGUGGAAAUAUUUGAAGAAGAUUAUGAUGAAAAUUAUUGUACUGAUCUUUUAGAGAAGUCCACGCAUUUUUGGAAAACAUCAGUGUUUCCGAAACUGGUUGAGACUUAA